GGGCUUUUAGGCAUGCGUACGGGCCCAUUUAGUUAAGCCCAGUCCAGGAAAGAGAACUAUUGGCCCAAAGCAGCCAGGCGCCGGUCUGAACUUUCCCUGCAGAUUCUGGUAAAAGAAGGAAAGGAUAAAAGAGGAGAGUUGUGUCUACAAUUCCCAAAGUAACUGCUUCUGACCAGUGACCAACGGCCAGCCAUCCAACGAGACCCACGAUGAUCCAACGACCACUCAUUCAUCUCCAUCCAUUUCUCCAGUGACCGUAUCCGUUGUUUCUGUCCGCCGUGGCACUGCCUGAAGCAGCGGCGGGGGAAGUCGUCGGAGCUGAUGCCUCUUCAUCGUUAUCUACAAUUGGGGUUUCUCCUCCUGAAUUUCCACCACCGGCAAUGAUGUUGGUCAGGAAGAGUACUUGCUGCUGCUCAUGCCUCGUCUUCUCGCACUCCCCUCUUCUCCCUAGGAUUAGGAGGAGGCUCUCCGUCUCCUCCUCCCUUGUCGCCUCCACUCCCAACCUAAUCGCCGUCGCGGCAGCUUCCUCCGCCACUUCUUCCACCCUCCAUGGCGCCGUCUCCUCCGCCAUCACCCAAGUCGCCUUCACCGCACUCGCCAUCGCCUCCGGAGCUUGCCUCUCCACUAAGGUCGACUUCUUGUGGCCGAAACUCCAAGACCUUCCCUUCGAGUCUUUUGCCGUGGAAGGAGUGGAUGUGAGCGGCUGUUCCAUCUUCAGCGAUUCCCAGGUGCAAAAGGCUAUUGCAUUCGCUAAAGCAGCUCACCAUGGUCAAUUCCGUAGAACCGGGGAUCCUUACUUGGCUCACUGCAUCCAUACCGCCAGAAUCUUGGCCCUGUUGGUUCCUUCAGCCGGCAAACGGGCCACUGACACAGUGGUCGCUGGGAUUCUCCAUGAUGUUGUGGACGACACUCAUGAAACUUUGAAUCGAAUUGAACAAGAGUUUGGUGUUGAAGUUGCCAGGUUGGUUGCCGGUGUUUCCAGGUUAAGCUACAUCAAUCAGCUACUGAGGCGACACCGCAGGAUACAUGUUAAUCAGGCCACUCUUGGCCAGGAUGAGGCUAAUAAUCUGCGAGUUAUGCUCUUGGGAAUGGUUGAUGAUCCACGGGUGGUGCUAAUCAAGCUUGCAGACCGCCUUCAUAACAUGAGAACCAUUUAUGCCCUCCCAACGCCAAAGGCUCAAGCUGUAGCUCAAGAAACAUUACUUGUUUGGUGCUCGCUCGCUUCUAGGUUGGGUUUAUGGGCAUUAAAAGCAGAACUGGAAGAUCUAUGCUUUGCAGUUCUUCAGCCACAAUUGUUUCAAAAGAUGCGGGCUGAUCUGGGUUCUAUGUGGAGUCCCACUACCAGAGAUCUAUCUGUAAGAAGAUCGAUAAGAGGUGCUUUACUUACUUCAGUUGGAAGAGGAUCUGGGGCCAUAGAAGAAGAGGAAGAUACCUUGUCUGUCAAGGAUCUUUUGGAAGCUGUAGUGCCCUUUGAUAUCUUGUCAGAUCGAAGAAAACGAGCCAUAUUUCUUGAAAGCUUGAAAAAUACAAAUGAGGCUCCAAAAAGACCAAAAGUUGUGUUGGAUGCUGGAAUCGCCUUAGCAUCUCUUGUUACUUGUGAGGAAGCACUUGAGAGGGAGCUGCUCAUCUCAACCUCGUAAUUCAUCCUUUAGCUUUCCUUUAGUUGCUUGUAGUUGGAGAAGAUAGUACUAGAUCUCGUGUUGGUGUCGACUUUGCUGACUUGUUGUUAGUAGAAGAAGGUGGUAACUUUUUGUGUAUGUCUUAAUGCAAACUCCUUAUUCUUAUACUUGCAGUUACGUUCCAGGCAUGGAAGUAUCCUUAUCUAGUCGGCUAAAGAGUUUGUACAGCAUUUACAGCAAGAUGAAAAGAAAGGAGGUUGGCAUUAGCAAAGUAUAUGAUUCCCGCGCACUAAGGGUUGUGGUUGGUGAUAAGAAGGGAACUUUGAGGGGACCUGCAAUUCAAUCUUGCUACACUUUACUUGAAGUUGUUCAUAGACUAUGGACCCCAGUCGAUGGCGAAUUUGAUGAUUACAUUAUUAACCCAAAGCCUAGUGGCUAUCAGGUAAAAAGUAAAAUUGAGCCCUCACUGAUUAAAUUGAAUGCUGCUUAGAAUCGUUGUUGUAACUGCUAUUUAUGUUGAGCUGUUAGCUACUCGGACCAGCAGUUAGAGGCCAAACUAUUAAUAUUAAGCUGUACCAACCUCUUUGGAUGUGACUAUCCUCAUAUUGCCUUGCUUACUUUCACAAUUCGGAUUUAGUUUGGGUUUAAGUUUCUCCUUUGUAACUAUCUAAUGAUUUUCUCCUUUUAUAAUUUGCAGUCGCUCCAUACUGCCGUGCAAGGCCCUGAUGGUGCACCAUUGGAAGUUCAAAUCAGAACACAGAAAAUGCAUGACUACGCUGAGCAUGGGCUUGCUGCACACUGGCUCUAUAAAGAAGCCGAAAACAAGUUGCCUUCUUUCAGCAGCAUGGAUGAAUCUGAAGUAGAAGCAAGCUACUACUUCUCCAAAAGUAAUGGGGAUGGAAACUACGAGGAGAGUCAAUUUCAAAAGUACAGAUUCCUAAGAGUGGGGCAUCCAGUCCUUAGAGUACAAGGAAGCCACCUGCUUGCUGCUGUUAUAAUAAGAAUUGACGAAGGUGGGAAAGAACUGCUAGUCGCUGUGAACUCUGGGCUGGCUGCGUCUGAGACAGUGGCUGACAGAAAAUCUUCCUGCCAAGUAAAGCGAUGGGAGUCCUACGCCAGACUUUACAAGAAAGUCACAGACGAGUGGUGGUGCGAGCCGGGACAUGGGGAUUGGUGCACAUUCCUUGAGAAGUUUAUACUUUGUCGGGAUGGUAUGUACCACAAGCAAGACCAAUUCGAAAGGAUGCUGCCAACAUUCAUCCAGGUGAUCGAGCUGACGGAGGAAGAGGAAAGUGAGUACUGGGAUGUGGUUGCAGCUGUGUUUGAAGGGAAGCCAGUUGAUGAAAUCAUUGCAGGUAAGCCAAUCGGAUACUCAGCUGCGGUAUCAUCCACUACUCCAAUGGAAGCUGCCAGCAUUAACAACAAGGUACGACUUCUGAGGGCAAUGCUGGGAUGGGAGGAGCAGCUGCGCAGCAACAGCAGCGGGGGCAGCAGUGAUGGCAUGUCGUUGAAUGACAGAUCGUUGUCAUCAUCAUCUGCAACGACAGUGGUUCUGGGGGAAGUGGUGGUGAUAUGUUGGCCGCAUGGCGACAUAAUGAGGCUAAGGAACGGGAGCACCGCUGGCGAUGCGGCUCGCAGAGUUGGACUUGAAGGCAGGGUGGUGGCAGUCAAUGGUCACCUGGUGAUCCCCAGCACGCCCCUCAAGGAUGGGGAUGUGGUUGAGGUCCGACUUUAGUUGAUGGCAAGAAGAAUGUUUUGCUGCUGCAGCAAGCCGGCAAGUGCGGUUCUCAUCUCCCCCGUCACAUUGUUAAUAUGAUUGAUAUGUAAAUAGUUGGGGGGAAUUCGGCAAUUUCCAUUGUUCAACAAGAGGCAUUGGGCAUAAGCUGGGUGCCUAAUUAAACUGUAGUAGUUCGCAUGAAAGACUGUUCUAUGCAUGAAGGGGCUUGUUAUGAAAAGGCUUCUCUUCCUCUGAACAAAAUCCAAUAUGAAGCCUUAUCGAUCCGAAAUGAACUUGAGCUGAAGAAAGGAGCAGCCUUUUUUCGAUCUGCUUCUAGUUCUAGCUUCUAGGCCCGUCCGCUUCCGGCGCCAACUCGGGCUGAAAUUGGCUCGUGUGUAACGUGUUGGUCUAUACCGCACCAAAUGUUGCUUGAAGCGGAUUAUAUCGAACCAAAUAUAACGUGGUCUGAUUUUCGAUUCUUUGAAUUUUAUAUAUAUUAAGGAAAACGAAACGAAGUGAUAUUAGUGUUGAUCUAAUCAUUGGUCCUAAAAUGUCUUUCAGUAUUGGUCCGGUUUGCCGACAUGCACACCCUUAGUCAGACUCGGGCCCGUCCCUGCGCCAUCCUGGAUAAGUACUGGUCCUUCCUUUUUAACUCUCUCUAUUUGACCCCUUUCGUGACACUGACAGACACAUCUCCUACAUCUUUGUCAUGUUCGACCACGACACCCAUCUUUGCGAGCAAAAUUCAGCAAAGGAUGAUGAAAUACCGAACCCAUUCUCCGUGGAAUUGCCGGCGUCUCGUCACGUUCGUGGUGGCCGUGGAACCAGACAAUUAGGACGAGGACGAGGACGAGGACCUUAUUAGAAGCAAAUUCCAGUCUACUUUGGAAUAAAACCGAAAGGAAGAUGACAAAACUUGGACCUCAAACGGUGCAAUUUACAAUUCAGCAAAACUUCAUAGCCCUCCUCCCAUCUCUCUUCUCUCAUCUCACCUCUGGCUCUGCUUUUUUUCCUUUGUCCAUCUUAUCGCAGAGAGAGCAUCCAUGGAGGAAACCAGCUGGAUCAUCGGCGCCAUCAUCACCUCCCUUGUAUCUUCCCUAGCUCUCCUACUCUGCAAAACCCACCUCUUCCCAUCCCACAACAACAAGCUCCCACCAGGACCCUUCUCCAUCCCAAUCAUCGGCACCUUCCUCUGGAUGCUGCGAAGCAAAGGAUUCUCCGACCUCGAACCAGCCCUCCGCAAGCUCCGCGCCAAGUACCGCUCCAUCUUCACAAUCCGCAUCUUCUCCCGUCCGGCCAUCUUCAUCUCCUCCCACUCCCUAGCCCACCAAGCCCUCAUCCAAGACGGCGCCGUUUUCGCCGACCGCCCGCCCGCUCCGCCGCUCUCCAAAAUCACCUCUGCCAACCAGCACAACAUCAGCUCCGCCUCCUACGGCCUCACCUGGCGCCUCCUCCGCCGCAACCUCACUUCCCAAGUCCUCCACCCUUCCCGCGUCAGGUCAUUCUCCCGCGCUCGCUCCUGGGUCCUCCAAAUCCUCCUCCGCCGCCUUCAAGCCCACCAUCAACAACAACAGAGCACCCUGAGGCUGAAGGAUCACCUCCACCACGCCAUGUUCGCCCUGCUGGUGCUCAUGUGCUUCGGCGACAGGCUGGGUGAGGAUCAGAUCGAGGAGGUGGGACGAGCUCAGAGAAGGAUGCUGCUUGGAUUCCAGCGCUUUCAGAUACUCAACCUCUGGCCUCGGGUCACUAGGUUCCUCCUCCGCCGCCCGUGGAAUGAAUUUCAUCAGCUCCGUCACGAGCAACAUCAGGUUCUCCUCCCACUCAUCAGAGCCAGGAGGGAGAAAAUUGGCAAAUUGGAGGAGGAAGAAGAACAAGCACGGAGCUGCUACGUGGAUUCGUUGCUCGAAGUGGAGCUCCCCCAAGAUAAUGGUAACAAGAGAAUGCUCAGCGAGGACGAGAUUCUGAGCCUGUCCUCCGAGUUCCUCAGCGCGGGGACUGACACGACCACCACCGCAUUGGAGUGGGUCAUGGCGAAUUUGGUGAAGUACCCUGAAGUUCAGGAGAAGCUGUUUCGUGAGAUCGAAAGCGUGGUGGUGGAAGGGAGUGGAGAGGUUUUGGAGGAGGAUCUGGGGAAGCUGAAGUACCUGAGGGCGGUGAGCUUGGAAGGAUUGAGGAGACACCCGCCGGCACAUUUCUUGCUGCCUCAUUCCGUGACGGAGGAUACAGUGCUGGACGGCAAGUUCAUGAUCCCCAAGAAUGCUGCUGUAAACUUCAUGGUGGCUGAGCUGGGGUGGGAUCCUCAGGUUUGGGAGGAUCCCAUGGCGUUCAAGCCGGAGAGGUUCCUGGAAGGUGGUGGUGAGUUCGAUUUGACUGGAAGCAAGGAGAUCAAGAUGAUGCCAUUUGGUGCAGGAAGGAGGAUGUGUCCUGGGUAUGCCCUAGCCAUGCUGCAUCUUGAAUACUUUGUGGCUAAUCUUGUGUGGAACUUCAAGUGGGAAGCUGCUGGGGAGGUCGAUCUCACGGAGAAGCCUGAGUUUACCAUUGUUAUGAAGCACCCGCUCGAAGUCAAGUUGUCGCCCAGGGUGAAAGCCUCGUCGUCGUAGUAAUACCAACACCUUGCAUAAUG